AUGUCAGAAGCAUCACAUAUUGUUACAGAUAAGAAGGCGGAAAAAUUAGGCCAGAUUUACUAUACCCCGGAACACCUGUGGACCGGGUGCAAGCCUAUCAAAUUACUCGCGAAGGAGAGCGGUCUCUCCAAGAAGCUGGUCACUCACUGGCUAUCCAGGCAACUCUUGUGGUUGAGACACAUUCGAGGUCCGAAACGAAUAGACUAUUCGCAUUUUACCAUUACAACACCCAACGAAAUGCAUCACUUUGAUCUACUGUACAUGCCACUUGACAAGCUAUACGGUAGCACCUAUAAAUACAUUCUCACGGAGAUUGAUGUAGCUUCACGUUACAAAAUAGUAAGGCCCCUGCGGAUGAAGAAAGCCAGUGAAGUCGCCGACAUGGUGAAGGACAUCUACAAAGCGGGACCUUUACACUACCCCAAAACCUUUCAGUGUGAACACGGUAGUGAGUUCAAAUCUGAUAUAACGAAACUGCUAGAAGGCAAAGGUGUGGAGAUUAAACAGGCCACCACCAAAUAUCACCAUACGUUUACGGCCUUUGUGGAGUCUCUAAACAACAGCAAGACUGCCAUGAUUGGCAUGAAACCUAACAAGUCGACCAAGCUUGAGGAGGUACCGCUUGCAAAAAGCCAGCAAUAUUCCGAAGAGAAACCUCUACCUGAGGAUGGAUUGUACUUAUACCUCCUACAGUUCGGAGAGGAGCAUGAAGAUUCGAAAAGACGCGCCACCGAUGCUUUCUGGAGUAGGAAUAUGUAUAGGUUGGACCGUAUAGUAGCGGGUAGCUGUGUUUUAUACUAUUUGAAGGAUGGUCCUGAAAGGAGCUUUGUUUCGGAAGAACUCAUGCUUAUUCCUGAAGAUGUUCAGAUACCCCCGGAACAUGUGAAGGAAUGGCAAUAG